UGACGCGUCAUCCAAGUAGCUGCUGCUGAAAAAGAAGGAAAAGUUAGUGGAAGAGUGAGAAUUGUGCUUGAAUCGGAAUUUAACAAAGUUUGCGUUGAAAUCGCAGUAGGCCUCAUCAAACAACAACCGGAUCCUGCAGUCCCACCAUGACCGAUCCCGCCUCCGCGACGUCCCCCGCGUCCGAGAAGCUAACCGAGGCGCAGCGCAACGUGGAAGAGUUCUGGCCGGAGGUGGCCGCCGAGAUCCACCGCGUCAAGCACAUCGAACCGGGCAACCAGCUGCUUCCGCUGGCCCGCAUCAAAAAGAUCAUGAAGCUGGACGAGGACGUGAAGAUGAUUUCCGCCGAGGCCCCGCUCCUGUUUGCCAAGGCCGCCGAAAUCUUCAUCCAAGAGCUGACGCUGCGGGCGUGGCUCCACACCGAGGACAACAAGCGGCGGACGCUGCAGCGCAGCGACAUCGCAAUGGCCAUCGCCAAGUACGACAUGUUUGACUUUCUGAUCGACAUCGUACCGCGGGAGGAGAUCAAGCCGGCGCGGCGGGACUUUGGCGCGCGGACCACAGCGGACGACACCAAGUACUACUUCCAGCUUGCGCAGCAGCAUCAGAUGGCGCUGCAGCAGGACAGUGGGAGUGGGGGGAGUAGCAGCAGCAGUAGCGGGAGUGGGACGGUGGCCGGAACAAGCGGGAAUGUGGUCCAGCUGCAGACGACGACGGCGUCUGCGACGCCCGUGCAGCAGCAGCAGCCUCAACAACCGCAGUUCCAAACCGUUCAACAGAUGACGGGACCGCAGAUUGCAACGAUAGCCACUCCGGGGCCGAACAUCAUCCUCACGAAUCCGGCUGCCGCCGCCACGAUGCAGAACCAGGUCCAGCUGGCGACCCAGAAUCAACCGAUUCAGCUGAUGCAGCAGGUUCUGACGCCCACCGGCGAAGUGACCCACAUUCCGAUCCCGCUGAACCAAACCCAGCUCAACUUUAUCCGGACGCAGAUGCAGCUGAACCAGCCGGGCCAGGCCGCCGCCGCACCGCAACCCAUCAUCAUCCAUGCGCCGCAAACGUUGCAAACGGGACCGACGAUAAUCCAGGCGGCACCCGGCGGUGGGUUGUUCCUCAACUCGGGCCACCUCAUUCAGCAUCAACCCCAGCAGCAGCAGCAGCAGCAACAGAUUCAGCACAUUCAGCAGCAAAUUCAGCACCAGCAGCAGCAGCAUGAGUGAUGAUGAGGUGGUGGGGGAAGGUCAGCAUUUUGAAAAGGGUGUAAAUAAUAAAUACUUUUUAAAUGUUUUUAUUUUAUUUUCUAUGAGAGAAAAUUUUAAUCACUUUUUUGCUUUAAGUUAAAGCAUCUGCAAUGAGUAAAAAUAUAUGUACUGAGUUUAAA